AUGGCUGUCCUCACCCUCUUGUUCAUGUUGGCCAUGAUUCUUUGGGCUAUGGAUCUGACCAGCUUCAUCUGGGAGGCAAAAUUUGUGUUGAUCAAGCAUCCUGAAUCAGCUUUGGAGGAUAAACUUGAUGCAGCAUAUAACUUCCAGAAUAAAGUAGUAUUGUGGCAGACAGCAAUUUAUGACUGGAUGGCUUGGAUUGGUGAUGCUAUCAUUGUACACCGUGUUUGGAUGUUGAAGGCCUACUUGAAACCAUGGAUAAUUGCUGUCCCUGGGAUAUGUCUCCUGGGAACCCUCAUUGCUACACUUAUGCUUACAUACUGCACAGCAACUGCCAGUGGCGCUGAUAUUGCACUUGGCAGUUUCACACACCCCCCACUCUGCAAGAAUGCACAUUUGAUAACAUAUAUCCUACCUGCCCUGACAACUGCUGCUGCAACUAUUCUUAUUGGAAUCACAGCAUGGUGA